UUGAUUUUAGGUUGCGGUGCUAAAAUGUCGGUUAAAGUGAAAUGGAAAUGUGUUUGUGUUGUUUUUGUGAUAGUGUAUGCUAGUUUUGUGAAUGGAAUGUUCGAACACAGGCACUGCAAUCAUCAUCAUCCAAAACCAAACGAGGUUUUACAUGGUGUCCAGCUAGAACCUCACCAUGUGAUAAUGAAAAGAAAUGCAGAUCAACCUCUAAGAAUGCUAUUGUACUAUGAUGAUAGCAUGUAUAGGUUGGACCAGGAGAAAUUCCAGCUAAUAAAUGAUACAGUUCUGCCAGAAGCGGUACGUUUUUGGGAGCAGGCGCUGUUCGUUAGAAGAACUGAAAAAGUAAUUAGGUUAAGUAGGAAGUGUGUGAAUAACCAAGUAUUCUAUAGGAGAGGGGACAACUUGUCCUACUGUAAGGAGGCGUGUGAGGCGAAGACUAUGUGUGGAGAGGUGCAGGUUCCUGAAGAGCAUUUAGAGGUAUGCAGAACAUGCAACUCGUUCGGCAUGUUCUGUGGGGAGAACAAUGCGACAGUGGCAGGGGGCGGAGGAGGUGUGGGUGAGGGGAUCAGAGGGGCUGACUUUGUGUUCUACGUGAGCGCAAUGGAGACGGAGCGAUGUCACAAGGGAUUGACUGUCGCCUAUGCGGCUCACUGUCAACAGGAGGCCGCCUUGGAUAGGCCAAUAGCAGGCCACGCCAACCUGUGCCCAGAGAGCAUCAGCACCAAGCCGCAAGAGCUGGAGAUCCUCCUAUCGACGGUGAAGCACGAGAUUCUACAUGCCCUGGGAUUCUCUGUCAGUCUGUUCGCCUUCUACCGCGAUAAGGACGGCCAGCCCCUCACGCCCAGGGAGGAUAACGGCAAGCCGCUGCUCAAUGAGUUCCUGCAAGCCCGACAAUGGAGCGAUCGCGUGAUUCGCAAGGUGACGCGGGACAAUUGGACAGUGUUCGGGGGGGCGGUGCGGCGACAGGUGCAGGUGAUGGUGACCCCGCGGGUCGUGGCCGAGGUCAGGCAGCACUUCAACUGCUCCACGCUUGAGGGCGCCGAGCUGGAGGACCAGGGCGAGGAGGGCACAGCACUCACGCAUUGGGAGAAACGCGUCUUUGAGAACGAAGCGAUGACGGGCACUCACACCCAGAAUCCGGUGUAUUCGCGCCUGACGCUGGCUCUGAUGGAGGACACCGGCUGGUACACGGCAAACUACAGCAUGGCCCAGCCGCUGGCCUGGGGCCGCAACCUCGGCUGCGACUUUGUCACCAAGUCAUGCAAGACAUGGAUGGACGAGCAUCGUGCCAGAGGCAAAUCAAUCCACCCGUUCUGUGACAAGGUGAAGCGAGACCCUCUGGAGACAGAGUGCACUGAUGACCGCAGCUCAGUAGCCCUCUGCAACCUAGUCGAGCAUACACACAGUCUGCCACCUAUGUAUCAGAAUUUCGACAAAAUCCCGCACGUGACAGCUGGGGAAGAGUCGCGGUUCGGUGGAUCGGUCAGCCUGGCCGACUACUGUCCCUACAUCCAGGAGUUCACAUGGCGGUCCAAGAACGUCGUGGUCAGGGGGUCUCAUUGCCAGUACCCCGAAAAUAAUCCACACCAAGACAAGAACUUUGCGCUGGAGAAGUACGGGCCGGACUCGCGCUGCUUCGACCACACCGACCAGAUGUGGGAGGAGCGCAGCUGCAGGCAAGUGAGGCAGUGGCAACACUGGGGCAGCGGCUGCUAUCAGUUCAACUGCGCCGCCGGCCGACUCCAUAUCAUGGUGGCAAACUACUCUUACACGUGUUACUAUGAAGGACAGCAGCUCCCCAUCAGAAUCCAUCAGAACGGAUGGCUGCACAAGGGGGCUCUCGUCUGUCCCUCCUGCCAGCAAAUGUGCCAGGAUCAGCUGUUAGAAGCCGGAGACCGUUGCAAACCCGACGGUCCUCUGCCUAAGAAGGUCACCUACCAGUGGGACUCUCUCACUUGUGCCGCCUCUCUCACCUACUCUCCUUCUCUCUUCUCUCUCCUGCUGGCUCUCAUCUUCACCCUACAACUCAUCGGCGUCACGUAACAGUGCAAUUUAACCGCAGUCAACUUUUAGUUAAGAUGCCAAACACGUUUGGAAGAAUGUUGAAAACUCAACGUUGAGACGUGUUUUCUACCAAAUCAAGAGAAAACUUCACCCUUUUAUUGAUUCUUGAACCUUGAGUUGAUCGGUGGUACAUUCAACCGCCGUCAACAUAGUUAAGAUAUGUAUGGUCAAGAUAUCAUAGUUAAUAUACCAAACAUGUUUGGGAAAGUAAUAGACACUCAACGUUGAGACUCAUUUUCUACCAAAUAAAGAGAAAACUCAACCGUAUCGACGGUACAAUUCAACGAGUGUCAAAUUUUAAUCAUAGUUAAGACACGAAACACGUUUAGGAGGAUAAUGAAAAAUCAGUGAUUAGACUCAUGUUCUAUAUCAGUUGAAUGUGUCCAGGUAGUAUAUUUUAUGCAUGAAUUUAAGGCUCGAAAUAUAGUAUAGUCACCCAAAACCACAUCUAUAAGUGAUUCUCAGGAACUUUCAUAUUCAAAUACGCUCCAUAAACCAAAGCAUGUUUCGCAAAGAACGUUUUCAUCGUUCUAAAUCGUUUGUAAAUACGGCCCUAAACCGCUGCUCUCGAAUGAAUUACUGCUUGGCUGGACAGAAACAAAAUACUAUUGUUUUUUAUCGGAGUGUUCACACAUUAGCAGAUUGCAAUUAUAUGAACACUCCCAUAAAACCAAUAGCGGGGUUUAAUGGCCGUUAUUAUAAACAACUCAUAAGACCGUUCUGAGCAAGUACGGUUUGGUUGUCUCCAGCUAUAGUGAAACUCACUUUAAACAGUCCUUUUGAAAAUAGUUCUUAUUACUGUAGGCCUAUGCACAGUCUAAUUUACUAACUUUAUUGGAUCAGCUUGUGGUUAGAACUCGAAUUGCAAGAUGUUAUAAUAGAUGACGAAGUGUUUAAAGUCGAUCAAAAUCGAAGUAUUUCCAGAUUAAAAUCACUAUGGUGGCUGUAAUGUAUUUCCAGUUUUAUUCUUUCUAAUAAAAUUAGAAUUUCUAUUUUCAAUAAAUAUAUGUAUUCCGUCACAUUCCAGAAAUCCCCCGCCCUAAACCACCCCCUUUGAAACGAGCACUAAAAUCGUUGACAAUUUAAAGUGUGAUAUUUGUAUUGUAUAUUUCUUAUAAUUGAUAAAAUAAUCACAAUUUCAAAGUGUGAUACUUUUAUUGUAUAUUUCUUAUGGUAGACUCAAUUUAGUAUUGUAUGUAAGUAGGUAUGUUUUUUGGGAGUCAUCGUAGCCUUACCUUGCCAAUUGGGAUAAGCGAUUAGCUGUCUAUACAUUUCGAAAUACAGUAUUAAUUUUACAGUACGGGAUAUAUAACACCUAUUGUAUAAAAUUAUUCGAAGUUGUCUCAAUCAAAAAUAUAUUGGAAUAACAAGAAUUACCGUUAUUAUUAAUAAAUAUCCAUCAAAAAUCAAUCAAUUUCAAUCUUAUUUAAUCAAUUUUAAAACUAUGAUAUUAUAUGAUUUUUAUAUCCCGAUUGAUAAGGUUUUACUAUGAUGAAUAGAGUGUAAGAAGAUAUUUUUAUUUGAUGACAUAAUUGUAUUACCCUCCAUAUGAAUAAUAUUGGUGUAAUUGUGGAUAUUUUAAAACAUUAUUUAGUCAUGUCUAGGUGGAUUUAUGGAGUCAGUGUGUAUGCUAUUGCUAAUUUUAAGCUCUAUAAUUUUAAAGUAGUUAUCUACCAUAUUUUUCAAGAUUGUGUGUUUAGGUAUUUUAUAUUAUUAUUUAUAUUUAUACGUUUGUUCCAGUAUCCAACAGUUUUUUUAAGUUUAAAAUUAUGAAAAGAAUUUAAAAUAGUUCUAAAAAUGAACGAUCAACACACACAAAAAAUAACUAAAACUGUAGAUCAAUUCAUCAAUGUCGCUCUCACUCUCAUUAGGUGACUGCUCAGUCACUCACGUACAAGUCUAGCAUCAUGCAUUAUGCAUCACCCUCAGCAAAAUAAUGCAAGAGCUAUUCAAGUGCAAAAUGAAUGUUUUCAACAAAUCCUCAUAAAAUCAAAGCAUUCUUGAGUUUAUUCUGUUAUUUCCAAAAAAUCUAGAUUUCAUAAGCUAUCAACUAAUAUUUUUUCUCAAUGAUGAGAAAGACUGAUUAGACAUGAUGAUGACAUGUUGAUUCAUUAAAAUUUUAAUUCAAAAAUUGUUGUAUUUCCUAGGAUUUUUUGACAAUAUUUUCUAUUUCUAAUAGGAAUCUACUCUAUUAAUAUAUACCUCCUAAUUAUGAAAAUCUCUUUAAAAAUAUCGUAAAUCCAAUUCUUUUUGAGAUUAUUUGAAAUCUCUUAUGGUGUAAUAAAUCCAAAUCUAAUCGAUGGGACAAUAAUUAUUCAAAAACUCUAUUUUAGAAGUUCGAACAACUGUUAUGAAUCAAGGAAGCAUCUGAUAAAUAGAAGUACCCUAACCUCAAGGUAGAUAAAUCUAUAGAGACUGUAUAGACUGAUUAUACAGUCUCUAUAGAUGAAUUUAUCUACCUAUAUUGCUCUAACAUCAAGUUUUCUAUUGUGACACUCACUCUAAACUAGCAGAAUUCCUUGUAAAUAAAUGCCUCCCAUUAUACCAAUGCAGGUGGUUUGAAAUGCAUCUCUUUAAUUAUGUUAUAAAUAGUAUUCAUUUUCUGUAUUGAAAAAUAAUAGAGAAUUAUAUUAUUGUGUGCAAUAUGAAGGAACUGAAUAGGCUACCCGCAUUACAAAUCUACCCUCACCAACCCAACCUUUGAGACUAUUUGAGGGGCUGGAUAGGCCACACUCUUAACAAAUACAAACUUCUUCAAAAAAUUGAUCAGCAUCUCUCAUAAUGAUUACAUCAAUGCUGACGCGACUACAAGGUGAAUCUCAAUAUAGUUGAAUCUGCUCAGAAGUAUUAUACUAACGUCUCAUCUAAUUCAAUUGUUUUUCAAUUAGUAUUUUUAAUUGAUUCAGAGUAUCUGUGGAUGUUCUAUCUGUCAUAUGUAUCUGAUAUAUUAUGUAUCUGUCAGAGUAUGCUCUAUAUUGUAGUAUAUAGAUAUGUGAUGAGUUUAUCAAUAUCACACUUACUGUAACAUAUAUUCAUAUUAUGAUGAUUGGAAAUGUUCAUAAUGAGAACAACUUCAAUUGAUGAUAAUUGUUAUGAUUCAAAAUUUUAAUGAACUUGGCCCCAAUCACGUAUUUACAAAUUGCUCAAGCUGAAAAAUUCAGGAUAUCUUAAAAAUUGUUCAUGCAACUUUUAAUGUCAGAAGAUUUUUUUCAAUCGUAAUAUCAGUUCUGCAUCUGUGAGAUUUGGAUGUUUUAUAAUACUGGUAAUAUAGAUCCAAGGUUUCUAACAUCCAGAAACCUAUGUUUUGAAAAUUUUCUAUUUUAUUUACUCUGUUUAAUCCAAAACAAACUUCUUCUUUCUUAACUCUAUUGAGAUAAGUCACCAUAAUAAUUAUAGAUUUAUUCUUAUUUAUAUUCAUUACAGAGUAAAGUAACUUGCUAUGGCCUUCAACUCAUUAAAAUUCAAGAGUCAUUCCACAAUACAGUUAGCUAUCUCUAAUUAUUAUCCUAUUUUACUUCCUAAAUUGAAUAGUGUAAAAAAAUAUUUUUACCUGAACUUAAGGUAGUAAACAAAGUCUGUAAUUUAUUGAAUGUACAAAAUGUGAAUAAAGAAAAUUUCAUUCGGA